AUGUCGACGGAGAUGGCGAAUACGGAUCCAGAAGGAAUCGACGGAGUUCGUAUGACCUGGAACGCCUGGCCACGUACAAAAGUUGAAGCCAGCAAGUGUGUGAUCCCAAUCGCCGCCUCGAUCUCUCCGAUCCGCCCUCAUCCACACAUUCCGACCAACCCUUACGCACCUCUCCGAUGUAAGACCUGCUCCGCCGUCCUCAACCCCUUCUGCCGCGUCGACUUCUCCGCCCUCAUCUGGAUCUGCCCACUCUGCUUUCAACGCAAUCACUUCCCUCACCACUUCUCCGGUAUCUCUGAAACUAACGUCCCCGCUGAACUUUACCCUCAAUACACCACAAUCGAAUACACUCUCCCCACUCACGAUGUUCAUCACACACUUCCUCCACCUGUCUACGUAUUCGUGCUCGAUACCUGCAUGAUCGAGGAGGAACUGGGGUUUGCCAAAUCGGCGUUACAACAAGCGCUUGAAUUCUUGCCGGAAAACGCUUUGGUGGGUUUUGUUUCCUUUGGGACGCAGGUUCAGGUUCAUGAAUUAGGGUAUGCUGAUAUGUCUAAGGUUUAUGUCUUUAGAGGAUCAAAAGAGAUGACCAAAGAUCAGGUUUUGGAUCAAUUGGGGUUAGGUGGUGGAGGUUUUGCCGGUGGCCGGAGAGUUGGUGGUGUGCCAGGGCAGGGGUUUCAGAAAGGGGCAAUACAAGGUGGGGGGUUUCCUAACUCUGGUGUUUCAAGGUUCUUAUUGCCUGCUUCUGAGGGUGCAUACAUUAUCCAUUCGCUUUUGGAGGAACUAGGCACAGAUCAAUGGCCGGUUGCACCUGGUAAUCGAUCAUUAAGGUGUACUGGGGUGGCACUGAGUGUUGCAGCAGGUUUGCUUGGGGCUUGCUUGCCUGGUACUGGUGCUCGAAUGGUUGCGUUAGUUGGCGGUCCGUGCACAGAAGGCCCUGGUUCGAUUAUAUCUAAAGAUCUAUCAGAUCCGGUUCGUUCACAUAAAGAUCUGGACAAAGAUGCAGCACCAUAUUUUAGAAAGGCAGUUCAGUUUUACGAGGAACUUGCAAAGCAGAUGGUCAGUCAGGGUCAUGUUUUGGACCUUUUUGCUUCUGCACUUGACCAGGUUGGGGUUGCAGAGAUGAAGGUCAUCAUUGAAAGAACUGGUGGUCUCGUUGUUCUAGCUGAAAGUUUCGGUCAUUCAGUUUUCAAGGACUCAUUCAAGCGUGUUUUUGAGAAGGGGGAAGAGUCUCUUGGCCUUGCCCAUAAUGGCACGCUUGAAAUAAACUGUUCGAAGGACAUUAAGAUUCAGGGGAUCAUCGGACCUUGCACAUCCUUGGACAAGAAAGGACCUUCUGUUGCGAGCACAACAAUUGGACAAGGGAAUACGACCGCUUGGAAGUUGUGUGGACUGGACAAAGAUACUUGCUUGACCGUUUUCUUUGAUAUAUCAUCAAGUGACAAAGACCCUUCUGGCAAUUUGAAUCCACAGUUGUAUAUACAGACUGUUACGAGUUACCAGAGCGUUGAUGGGCAAUCAAAAAUGCGAGUUACUACUAUUACUAGAAGAUGGGUCGAGAGUGCCGUUGUUUCGGAGGAAUUGAUGCAAGGUUUUGAUCAAGAGGCUGCUGCUGUAGUAAUGGCUAGAUUAACUUCUUAUAAAAUGGAGAUGGAGGAAACAUUUGAUGCAACAAGGUGGUUAGAUAGAAAUCUCAUUCGUCUGUGUUCUAAAUUUGGCGAUUACCGAAAAGAUGAUCCAUCCUCGUUUUCUUUAAACCCAAGUUUCUCAUUGUUCCCCCAGUUUAUGUUCAAUCUUCGGAGAUCACAAUUCGUGCAGGUGUUCAAUAAUAGUCCUGAUGAAACUGCUUAUUUUCGCAUGAUGCUAAACCGAGAGAGUAUAACAAAUGCCACCGUCAUGAUUCAACCUUCAUUAAUAUCAUAUUCAUUUAACUCCCUGCCUUCACCGGCAUUGCUUGAUGUGGCAUCCAUUUCAGCUGAUCGAAUCCUUUUACUAGAUUCGUACUUUAGUGUUGUUAUUUUCCAUGGCAUGACGAUAGCUCAGUGGAGGAACAUGGGUUACCAGAAUCAGCCAGAACAUCUAGCAUUUGCACAGUUGCUGCAAGCUCCACAUGAUGAUGCUGAACUGAUCAUACGGGACCGUUUUCCUGUCCCAAGAUUGGUGGUGUGCGAUCAACAUGGUUCUCAGGCUAGAUUCUUGUUGGCCAAGUUGAACCCAUCAGCAACCUACAAUAACGAAGUGGCUGCUGGAAUGGAUGUUAUCUUCACGGAUGACGUGAACCUUCAAGUGUUCUUCGAGCAUCUACAGAGGCUGGCAGUACAAUCUUCUUAACCCCCGAUCAAAAUUAAGCACUUGACACAGUUUCAAAACUCACGGGUGAUCGACCUUCUCUUUCCUCUCCGAUUACUUGUUCAAUUGCCGAAAAUUAUUCAAUUAUGCAUGAGAGAUCAAUCAUUCUGUUAAGGGUGUUGGCAAUACAGAGUGUUGAGAGAGUGAUUAUUUGAGGCUGCAAGUUAGCGAGAGGAGUAUGCGACAUUUUUCAUUUUGCCGGUUUUGUAAGUUACUCAUGAGAUCAUCGUUGUGUAUUCAACUAUAAGGUUAUAUAUUGGAGCCAAAACCAAAAGAGCAGCAAAGGUUUGGAUUUGGGUUUUUUCGUGUUACGAUUGUUGAUACAUGGUGGUGGAAUGUACACUUUGAAUUCUCUCUUUUUGUACGUCGGAUAAUACUAUUGGUUUUGACCUUUUAUUCCAAGUCA